AUGGACGCACCAGCCGCCAACAAGCAGCCAGUCAAGCUCGCAAAGGUUACCAAGGUCCUCGGUAGAACUGGAUCCCGUGGUGGUAUUACCCAAGUCCGCGUUGAAUUCUUGGACGACACCUCCCGUUCAAUCAUUCGUAACGUCAAAGGACCAGUUCGUGAAGCAGACAUUCUUGCCUUGCUCGAAUCUGAGAGAGAAGCACGGUGA